AUGUAUAUUUGCGACGGUAAAAAGGGUUGGAAAAUAUUGGGAGAAAGAGCAUCUACUGAAGCUAGGUUUGCUGGUGGGUUUGUACUUUUAGGUUGUGCGGAUAAAGUACCCGUUGAUUUUAAUGUGCCAGUUGGUUUAGUACCAGAUGAUGCUGAUGCACCAGUAGGAUUAGUUGAUAAAACAGUGGGAUUGGGUUUAUUAAUGUUUAUUGUAGAGGAAGAGGAGGAUGUGUCCCCGGGUUGUGAAUCUGAAUGUUGUGAAUUUGAAUCAGACUUGGAAGAUUUAUUGUUAGGUUUAUAA